CAACAAUUCAGCCACAACCCGCUAUGACGCUUUACGAAGACCUCAGCAGCCUAUGUUUGCUCCACAUAAAAUCCGAACAUUUUAUGAUGUUAUUCAAUUGAUCGAAUCUUAAAGCAGUUUGGUUAAAAAAGAAAAGAAUUUAACAAAAAUCCGCAAAAAUAUUGCAGCCAUUGCUAACAAUACCUCUAAUGGGAAAGAGAAACUCUGAUACCAAACAUAUCUUACAGAGCGACACCUUACCCAUAUGCGACAAAAGACACCAAUAUAACAUUGGAAUGUACCGGCUCGGUCAAGAUUAACUCCCCAAACCAAGGAUAUAUGACAAGGGUGGAAUUUCGUAAGAACAAUAAUGACAUACACAAAUGUGAAGUUGAAGAAGUACUUCGUUAUAAAACUCUCUCCUGCAGUGUUACAGUCACUGGGGUUACCAAAGACGAUAAAUUCAUGUGUCUUCUUACUGCAAGUAAAGCGCCAUGUAACGCAGCUCGAUUGAGCUUUCGCAUUGAAAAUAGACUUCCCAAGCCAAAUAACAUUUAUCUUGAGAAGAUCACUCCGAAAGAAGCAGUGCUUAGAUGGGAAAAGAUUUCUGCGAACGCAACAAUCUAUGGUGUUUUGUUGGGAUACAAAUUGACGCUAUUUGGAAUGAAAAGUGAAGAAAACAUCACUUUAGCAAAUGAUACUAAUUACGUUGUGUUGACUAACUUAAAUCCAAAAUCAAAUUAUACCCUCUCGGUACGUGGUUUUACAAAAUAUGGUGAUGGAUAUACGCUACUCUACAACUUUGUAUCACUAGAUCGACUUCGAAGGCCAAAUAAUAUUCACCUUGCAAAGAUCACCUCCAAAGAAGCAGUGAUUAGAUGGGAAAAGAUUUCUUCAAAACCAAAAAUAAACGGCGUUUUACUGGGAUACAAGCUGAUUCUAACCAGCCGAAAAAGAAAAUUAAGUUUCAUAUCAGCAAAUGAUACCAACCACGUCGUGUUUCCUGACUUAGCUCCAAAAUCAAAUUAUACCCUUUCAAUACGUGGGUUCACACAGUAUAGUGAUGGUUAUGCUGUAUUGUACAACUUUUCAUCAUUAGAUGUGAUUCCCGCGCCAAAAAAUAUUCAGGUUGUUAUCUUGUCCAAAACUUCAGUUGGCAUCCAGUGGUUUCUCGUGCAACAACGUGAGGAAAAAUACGAUAAAAUCUUUGGUUACAGAGUAAAUGUGAGAAACGCAACACAUUCUUUUCAAAUCGACACUUUAAGUGUAACCUAUUCUGUGGUUCUGAGGCGUCUCUCACCCGAUGCAAAUUAUAGUGUAUCAGUUUUCGGCUUUGGUAAUGGAACAAAAGGAAUUUCAAGUAAAUGGAUACAUUUUAAAAUAAAUGAUAAACUUCCCAGGCCAAGUCAUGUCUACCUUGCAAAGAUUACUUCCAAAAGAGCAGUGGUUAAAUGGGAAAGGAUUUCAGCAAACCAAAAAAUUCAUGGCGUUUUGCUGGGGUAUAAAUUGACGCUUAUUGGCAAGACAAGGGAAAUAGAUUUCACUCUGGCAAACCACACUAAUCACGUAGUGUUGCAUGACCUAACCCCAAGAUCUAAUUAUACCCUCUCAAUACGAGGAUUCACACAGUAUGAUGAUGGAUAUAUUGAGCUUUUCAACUUUUCAUCAUUAGAUGUAAUUCCUGCACCGAAGAACGUGCAGAUUGUUAUCUUGUCCAAAAAUUCAGCUGGGGUUCAAUGGACUCUCAUUCAGCAACACAAAGAAAAACACGAUGAAAUUAUUGGCUAUAGAGUUAUUGUGAGAAAUGCAAUACAUUCUUUCAAGGUCGACACUUUAAGUGUCACGUAUUCGGUUGCUCUCAAUCAUCUUUUACCCGAAGCAAAUUACAGUGUAUCAGUUUUCGGCUUUGGUAAUGGAACAAAAGGAAUUUCAAGCAAAUGGAUACAUUUUAAAAUAAAUGAUCGUGAGGGGCCAUCUGGAGUUAGUAAUAAAGGAGGAACUAACACAGACGGAAGGAACUUUACUUUAACAAUCAUCGUUGUUUUGAUUGUCGGAGUUUUGUUUUAGGCGACAACUUUUGAGUAGCCACUGUGUCGGAUGUUUUACGAAUAGUCAAUUUUUACGUCACUAAUAAAAUUUAUGGUAAAAUAAUUUUACAAGUCGUUAUAUCUCAUUGUUUUCCCAUGCUCCAAAAAAGCCUAAAUUUCACAAAAAGAAAUCAGCUUCGCCACCAAAAAUGUUGUCAGUGGUUUUUUAAUUUACCGAAAUAUAUAUAGUUGUGCCAAAACAAGCAUUUGUUGUAAAUCGAUAUAAUAUAAAAAUAGCGCCAUAGUGGAAAAACAUGAAAACAUGAAUUUCAACUAAAUCCAAUACCUGAACUAUAUCCAUUGGAAUAUAUAGAUAUUGGCAGAAAUCAUCACAAAUAUUGCAUUCUCAACGUGACACUACAUUAUUUUACCGCAAGCAACUGGCAGAAUCUCAAAUAAACUCUCCUGAUUUAUGUUUCUUGUUGUAUGAGUGUAGACAAAAUAUGCCUUUUUGGAGAAGCUAUGUAGCUGUAAAUACUAUUUUAAAAUC